CUCAGCCGCGCCGGGGGCUGCAGGCCGGUUCCCGAGGUGGCCCAGGCGCCCUCCCGCCGCCGCCGGCGCCGCCCCGGCCGUCCCUCCCCGCCGCCCCCCGCCCUCCGCCUCCGCCUCCCCCCGCCCUCCGCCUCCCUUCCCCCUCCCCGCCCAGCAGCGGUCGCUCGGGCCCGGCUCUCGGUUAUAAGAUGGCGGCGCUGAGCGGCGGCGGCGGCGGCGGCACGGAGCAGGGCCAGGCUCUGUUCAACGGGGACAUGGAGCCCGAGGCCGGCGCCGCGGCCUCUUCGGCUGCGGACCCGGCCAUUCCCGAGGAGGUGUGGAACAUCAAACAAAUGAUUAAGUUGACACAGGAGCAUAUAGAGGCCCUAUUGGACAAAUUUGGUGGGGAGCAUAAUCCACCAUCAAUAUAUCUGGAGGCCUAUGAAGAAUACACCAGCAAGCUAGAUGCCCUCCAACAAAGAGAACAACAGUUAUUGGAAUCCCUGGGGAAUGGAACUGAUUUUUCUGUUUCUAGCUCUGCAUCAACGGACACCGUUACAUCUUCUUCCUCUUCAAGCCUUUCAGUGCUGCCUUCGUCUCUUUCAGUUUUUCAAAAUCCCACAGAUGUGUCAAGGAGCAACCCCAAGUCACCACAAAAACCUAUUGUUAGAGUCUUCCUGCCCAAUAAACAGAGGACAGUGGUACCUGCAAGGUGUGGAGUUACAGUCCGGGACAGCCUAAAGAAAGCACUGAUGAUGAGAGGCCUAAUCCCAGAGUGCUGUGCUGUUUACAGAAUUCAGGAUGGAGAGAAGAAACCAAUUGGCUGGGACACUGAUAUUUCCUGGCUUACUGGAGAGGAAUUGCAUGUAGAAGUGUUGGAGAAUGUUCCACUUACAACGCACAACUUUGUACGAAAAACGUUUUUCACCUUAGCAUUUUGUGACUUCUGUCGAAAGCUGCUUUUCCAGGGGUUCCGCUGUCAAACAUGUGGUUAUAAAUUUCACCAGCGUUGUAGUACAGAGGUUCCACUGAUGUGUGUUAAUUAUGACCAACUUGAUUUGCUGUUUGUCUCCAAGUUCUUUGAACACCACCCAAUACCACAGGAGGAGGCCUCCUUAGCAGAGACUACUCUUACGUCUGGAUCAUCCCCUUCUGCACCCCCCUCCGAUCCUAUUGGGCCCCUAAUUCUCACCAGUCCGUCUCCUUCAAAAUCCAUUCCAAUCCCACAGCCUUUCCGACCAGCAGAUGAAGAUCAUCGAAAUCAGUUUGGGCAACGAGACCGGUCCUCAUCAGCUCCCAAUGUGCAUAUAAACACAAUAGAACCCGUCAAUAUCGAUGACUUGAUUAGAGACCAAGGGUUUCGUAGUGAUGGAGGAUCAACCACAGGUUUAUCUGCUACGCCCCCUGCCUCAUUACCUGGCUCACUCACUAAUGUGAAAGCAUUACAGAAAUCUCCAGGACCUCAGCGAGAAAGGAAGUCAUCUUCAUCCUCAGAAGACAGGAAUCGAAUGAAAACACUUGGUAGGCGGGAUUCAAGUGAUGAUUGGGAGAUUCCUGAUGGGCAGAUCACGGUGGGACAAAGAAUUGGAUCCGGGUCAUUUGGGACAGUCUACAAGGGAAAGUGGCAUGGUGAUGUGGCAGUGAAAAUGUUGAAUGUGACAGCACCCACACCUCAGCAGUUACAGGCCUUCAAAAAUGAAGUAGGAGUACUCAGGAAAACUCGACAUGUGAAUAUCCUACUCUUCAUGGGUUAUUCAACAAAGCCACAACUGGCUAUUGUUACCCAGUGGUGUGAGGGCUCCAGCUUAUAUCAUCAUCUCCACAUCAUUGAGACCAAAUUCGAGAUGAUCAAACUUAUAGAUAUUGCACGGCAGACUGCACAGGGCAUGGAUUACUUACACGCCAAGUCAAUCAUCCACAGAGACCUCAAGAGUAAUAAUAUUUUUCUCCAUGAAGACCUCACAGUAAAAAUAGGUGAUUUUGGUCUAGCCACAGUGAAAUCCCGAUGGAGUGGGUCCCAUCAAUUUGAACAGUUGUCUGGAUCCAUUUUGUGGAUGGCACCAGAAGUAAUCAGAAUGCAAGAUAAAAACCCAUAUAGCUUUCAGUCAGAUGUAUAUGCAUUUGGGAUUGUUCUGUAUGAAUUGAUGACCGGACAGUUACCUUAUUCAAACAUCAACAACAGGGAUCAGAUAAUUUUUAUGGUGGGACGAGGAUAUCUAUCUCCAGAUCUCAGUAAGGUACGGAGUAACUGUCCAAAAGCCAUGAAGAGAUUAAUGGCAGAGUGCCUAAAAAAGAAGAGAGAUGAGAGACCACUCUUUCCCCAAAUUCUCGCCUCUAUUGAGCUGCUGGCCCGCUCAUUGCCAAAAAUUCACCGCAGUGCAUCAGAACCCUCUUUGAAUCGGGCUGGCUUCCAAACAGAGGAUUUUAGUCUAUAUGCUUGUGCUUCUCCAAAAACACCCAUCCAGGCAGGGGGAUAUGGUGCGUUUCCUGUCCACUUAACAAACUAAAUGAGUGACAGAGUAUAGGUUGGUAGGGACAAAGGAAAGUGAACAUAUGUUUGCUUAUGUAUCUGUGAUGUUGAUACGAUGUUUUUUUUUAAGGUGAACAGAAGAACAUGUAUGUUUUUAAAGACUGGAUAUAAUUGUUUUGCCAAUCUAAAAUUCAUACUUAGCAUUAGAUUUUCAACAUCAAAGGGUUUUUUAAAUUCACAGACGCCGAAAAUUUUCCAGAGGUUUUACUUCCCUUUGUAAGUUUGUUUUGUUUACUUGGUUAUUCUAAUUAUUAAACUUUAGUUAAAUUUUUCUCACAAACCUUUUGCUGUUAGCUGUCCUGUGUCCAUUAGGGGCUCUGAGAACAGCGCUGCACCUGUGUGUGUGUCGGCAGGUAAAGCUGCCGGUAGGUUAUUAGGUGUAUUAGCGAAGGUAAACUGAACAGGUCUAAUUAAGAGUCACUAAAAUUGAAGAAGCUUAUUUUUUCUUAUAACAAUUUCUUUUUGUUAAUACAAUUUGGAAAAUAUAGUUGUCCUUUAUUCCCUUACAGCAGUAUAAAUUAUGGGUGCAGAUAACCAAAGAGAUUGCUGAGGAGUGGCAUGUUUGACACGAGUAACAUGGUUUAACUUUGGAUUUUUAGUUAAUAUUUCUUUGUAUAUUAAGGAUGUCUUACACAAUAUAAAAAGUCAAAUUUCCUUACAAAUACAUUACCUCCUCUUCCUUCCAAAAAGUUCCACAGAAUUCUGUGAGAACUUUUAGGUCUGUUUGUUUUUCUUUUAGAUAACUCUUGUUGCCAAACAACCAGGUAAUGGAUUUUUUAAAAAAUUAUUAUUAUUUUAGGUUAUACUCACCUCUCAUGAUGCCUGGUAGCAGUCACCUUAUCCAUGUGUCUCAUAAAAUAUCUGUCCUCCUUAUAUUCUUUGCCCAGCAAGAGUCUGCUUAUUGUGAGUGAAUGGAUGCUAUUUUCUCUUUUGCUUACACUUUCUUAUGUAGAAAAUAACUGUAAUGUGGCAGUCAGUAUACUCUUACUGUGAAUCAGAAUCUUAUUGGGAAUCAAAAGUGAAAGAAGCAUUGCUGUCAUCAAAUAAAUCUCUGUCUCUACUUCAGAGUCAGCCUAGGGACCAAAGCCAGCCUCUUAAAUACAUCUUCAUUUACUCAGUUUGGAUUUGUGAUGAUUUUAAAUGUAGCUGACAGUUCAAGGUUAUUCAGAGGCACACAGAUAGCAUCUGCAUAAAUGCCAUCCUUCUUGGAGGCCAAUAAAGAAGAAAAUCAGAAAGACUUUAAACUAAUGAUAAUUUAGUCUUUAAUACCACAAAUAAAUUUUUGAAAUAUUUUCUUUAUUUGAAUAAGUUAGAUUUCAUCCGGGGAACUACUCAGUGAUAAGUUUGGCAUACCUUUUGCCCCUUAUUUGGGUAGCUUAAGAUAAAUAGUGCCAUUCAUGUUUUUAGAAAUCAGUUCAUGACUUUCAGUGUAAGAGUAGUGAAAAAGAACAUUUCUUGUAUUUUAAAAAAUGAGAAUGAGAAAGUCAUAAAAGAAUGUGACUUAUUAAAAAACAUCAAAGUUGGGCUUCCUAGGUGGCGCAGUGGUUAAGAAUCCGCCUGCCAAUGCAGGGGACACAGGUUCGAUCCCUGCUCCAGGAAGAUCCCACAUGCCACGGAGCAACUAAGCCCGUGUGCCCAAAAAAAAAAAAAAAACAAAACAUCAAAGUGCAUGAUUUCUAAGAUGCGAUUAUUAGUAACUAUUAGAUUGGGUUUUAUUUAUUCACAAAGUGAAUAGCAAGCAUGUAGCUAGCAAAGUUUUUACAAAUUGACUUGCUCUAUGGAAUGCUCAAAGGUUUGGGCAUUUUGAGACACAAGAAUUGAAGGAUCUUUUUAUUGACAAAGCUCUUUCGUAAUUCCUCAGCAUGUUUUCUUCACUUUUAUCUUCCUUUCUCUGUUCACUCUUUUUUUCCCAGCAUUACGGACACUAAAUACCACCCAGCUCCCCACGUCUGCAUUUGACUCUUUUCCCUUCCUUUCUUUACCAGUCUCCUAUGCCAGAGGGGAUUUGCUAAAUUCAGAACUGCUCAGAAAACUCAUUAUACCAUCCCAUUGACAUUUGAACAUGCCUUCAAAGAAUUGCAUAGUAAUUCUCUUCUUUCCAAAUUGGGCCCACUGGAAAUGUUAUCGGGAGAACAUUAAAAAUAUAGCAGAUAAAAUAUUUAAAUAACAUGGAUCCAGAGAGGUAGGAAGCAUUAGAAUGAUACAUGGUAGUUUCCUUUCUGUUGUUGCUUUUGUUUGUUUGUUUGAUACUGAGUUUUACAUGUAUUCUCCAAAUAAGAAAAACAUUAUUUUCCUAACCAUAUGUAGAAUUCAUCUUUUUGACUCAGGAAUUGAAACGGAAGGACAUUCAUUCUCUUGCGACUGAUAGCUUCUUUCCUAAAACCUGAACCCUCAGAUAUUUUGAUUAAAGUUGAUAUCCUUCUUCAGAAGGCAACCUUUUUAUAAAAUUUGCUUUACAUUUUAAGUUUUAUUAGUAAUGAGGAAUGAGGUUUGUCUUCUUGGUUCUUAAGUAGUUUAGGAAUCACAGCAUUUAAAUCAAAUACUUCAGGUUUAUUUAUUUUCAGAUAUUAUGGUAUUAUACCAGCCAUUUAAAUACUAAACCAGCAGUUAAAAGUCAUUCUCUCUAAAAUAGUGACUGUUUAACACAUUUGCUUAAAUGGCCUUUCCUUCAAGUGGUUCACUCUCAAUUUAAGGAAAUGAUCUGCCUUUUUUUUUUUAACAUUAUGAGAAGUAUUUCAUGACUAAAACAUUUUGUCAUUUAUAGUCUUAUUUGAGAAUUAUUGAGCAUUUCUAUAGUACUUUUUCUUUUACUAAAUAUUUCAUCUCUUCUGUGAUCAUUUCUCUAAGGAUUUUAAGAAGUCCAGUGUGUGUAUGCCAGAAUGUUCUGCAUCCUUUAGAAACUGCCUGAAAGGUCACCACCAAGAAAGAAUGGGACUUACUCUGGUUUCGAAUGACUCUCCCCCUACAUCUAAAACUGGGAUUUAUUUUUGUACAAAAUAACAUAUUAGAUUUUUCAUAGUGUAUUUUAUCUUUAAGAAAUUUUUAUCAAAUUAUAUGUAUAACAGCCACUGAAAUACAUGUAAUUCUAGAAUUAGGUGAUUAUUUAGUAAUGUCUUAAAACUACUUAACCAAGUCCUUAGCUUUCAAUAAACCAAACAUGAUAUUUGAGGUGCCUGAAAUCUUGGGGUCUCCCCAAGUGUUCUCUGUCCCCUUCCUAAAGAAAGUCAGAUGGAAAAUAGAGCUUAGGUUAUUCUCUACCAGAAAGGAGGCUUUUUAAAAAGUUUCAUUUUUGCCCUCUGAUUGAUUUUUUUUGGUUAAUUAAAUUAAUAUACUGAGGGUUUUUUUUUUUAAGUCAGAGUAUCUGGAUGUUUCACUUCAAGUAACUUCACACAAGCUAGGUUGGCUCUUACCUCAAAUAAAAUAGGUUAGGAGUUGGGAUAAUAGAGAUUUCCUGAUAUACAAGAAGGGAAUAAGCAAGAAGAAAAUUUUCUUUUUACAAAAGCAAAUCCACCGCCUGUUACCCCUGUCUUUUCCUUAAAUUUUCUAUGAUUUCAGGGACAUAUAUAGAAAGAGUUUUAUUUUAUUGAUCUCUAAACUAUGAGUUCUUUUUGCCUUUUUUUUUACCCACUGGACCUGAAGUCUGAUUAUGAAAAGAACCACAUUCCAUUAGAAGCAAUAGACUCUGGUAGUGGAAUCUUUAGUGUUUGCUUUAUUGGUAUUUGAUUUGGAGUUUGUUGGUAAGAUUUUGUGCUUUGGGGGGUUGUUUUGUGUGUUUGUAUUUUUAAGGCUAAUAUUUAAGUUUGUAGAGUAGAACACUGUUCUGUGAAAUGGAGUAUCUAAUUGUAAUAAGGAAUAGGAAACAUCUGAAGAUUUUUUUAAGUUUUUUUAACAUAGAUAUACAAUUGGGCUUAAAGUUUAGUAUUUUCUGAUAUUUUCUCACUUAAUAGAUGAAUUCUAGCCAUUUUUAUAAAGAUUUCUGUUAAGCAAAUGCUGUUUUCACAUUGGCUUCCUUUAAGGAGUUUUAGGUUCUGCUAGAUACAGUGACUACUCAUAAGACUGUUGAAAAUUGUCUUAAGCUUCUAAAAGAAGCUUACUUCUAAAAGAAAUAGGAACCAUGAAACCACAAGCAAAGGUAGUAAGGAUGUUUAUGUAUUUCUAGAGUCUCUGUUAACAUAAUAGCCUUCUAUAAUUAUGCUCUAAAUGUUUUACUCUCCAAGGUCUUAGUAAUUUGGCUUUUUUUUCCCCCACAAUCACUGCCAAAUUCCCCAGUUCUUUUAACUUUAAAUAUGAGGUGAUAAAUCUUUUACCUUCCUUGAUCUUUUGACUUAAAAUACUUUGGUUAAUUGCUUGUUGAAAGGAAUCCUCAGAUGGAAAGAGGUAAUAUCACUAUCUGCAGUCCAAUUAGUAGCUGUAUUCAGAAUGGGAAAGCAAAUUAUUAAUUACUGAAAAUCUUUUAGGGGGUUGGUUGGACUUUGGAGUCAGCACUCUGCCGUUUUCUGGCUGUGAGAUCUUGGGCAAGUUACUUAACCACUUUAAAUCCCAGCUUGCUCCUCUAUAAAUUAAAGAGAAGUAAUAGCACCUGCUUCCUAGAGUUAUUAUGAGGAUCAGAUGGAAAAGUGUAUAAAGUGCUCAGCGAGGCAUCUGGUGUACUAUAAUAGAUAUUCGAAUAAUUGCUAAUAUUAUCAGCAUACAAUCUGAGGGUUCAGUCAGCCAGUCAUUAGCAAUCUGUUGUUUGUUGAGACAAGCCAGUGCUCUCCAGUAACCAGCUGAAAUCUAAUAGCAGUCAGAAAAUGAGUAGGUUAUUCCUCAAUUAAAUAGUGUUUUCAUAUAAGUGAUUGCUUGGAUCCUCAUCAGAAGCUGCUGUUACUGAAAAAUGAUGUUAAGGCUGACUAAAUUCUGAUAGUUGUCAGUCUAUCAACCAACCCCUCGAAAUUAACUAUGGUAUAUGAGAUAAGAGGAACCAAUCUCUGCUUGCAAGUAGAAGCUGUGGACAAAAUAAUAGGUGAAAAAUAAUGGCGUGAAGCCCCCAAACUCAGUAAGCUAGAAGAGUGUAGAAAUUCAAAGGGUCUUUGUGGUUAAGAAAAUUUUUAUGCUGAGAAUAAUGUUCAUUGACAUGUGCCUCUAAGUAAUUUUUUUGGUAGUGGAAAAGGUGAAAUGAACUACAAAUGGAAGAGGUCUGGAUUUCCUUUCCUUCAUUUAAAUGUGUGAUGUGAACGAUCAUUUGACCUGUGAAUUUUAUAUUUUACAAAAUGAGAAUAAUUCCUGCUUUUUCCUUCCUAAUAGUGGCAUUAUAAUAAUGAAAAUGAGUUGAUAAUUCAGGGGGAAAGUAUUCUACAAAUCAGCUUUACUAUUUUGCCAUCAGUUUCUGUUUUCAGCUUGAUUAGAAUCUAGCAUGUAAAACCCAACUGGGAAAUUAUCUGCAGACUUAAUAUACUAUGUAAGUUGUCUUCUUUCAUGGUUUCAGCCAUUUUUGCUUUUAAAUUAGUGAUGUUGUUGCUAGAUUUGUAAUAUCUAGCUAGUCACCUUUCAGUGAAGUUUCAGUGAGGCUUUUCUGUGUCUCUAGGUUAUCUGAGAUAACUUUUUUAAAAUUAGCUCUUGUCCUCCCUUACAGGAGAAUUUGCAGCCUUCAAGUAGCCACACCAUCAUGACAGCAUCUACUCUUAUUUCUUAAGUCUUGUGUUCGUACAAUUUGUUAACAUCAAAACACAGUUCUGUUCCUCAACUCUUUUUAAAGAUAAAAAUUUUCAGUGCAUAAGCUGGUGUGGAACAGAAUGGAAUUUCCCAUCCUACAAAAGAGGGAAGAAUGUUUUAGGAACUAGAAUUCUCUGCUGCCAGUGUUUCUUCUUCAACACAAACACCACGUGCAUACAAGUCUGCCCACUCCCAGGAAGAAAGAGGAGAGACCCUGAGUUCUGACCUUUUGAUGGUCAGGCAUGAUGGAAAGAAACUGCUGCUACAGCUUGGGAGAUUUGCUCUGGAAAGUCUGCCAGUCAACUUUGCCCUUCUAACCGCCAGAUCAAUAUGUGGCUGAUCAUCUGCUGGGGCAGUUGCAAUCACCAGGCCUCGUUCUCUUUCCUGUCCUGGGAUUUUGUUGUGGCGCUCUUUCCCCUAGCCACCACCGGUUCAUUUCUGAGGGAUGGAACAAAAAUGCAGCAUGCCCUUCCCGUGUGGUGUGUGUUCGGUCCUUGACAAAUCUUUACCAAAAUGAAGCUAUUUUAUUUAAAUGGAGGGUGAGAAAGGAGGAGGUAGGUUUUGGUGUAGAGGAAAAGGGAAUGCUGCAUCUUUUUCCUGACCUGCUGGGUCUCUGGCCUUUGUUUCCUUGCUCACACAGGCUCUGCCUGGCGGGCAGGCUGGAAGCGCUGGCGCACAUUGCCUUCUUUUCCCAUUGGGUCCAGCAAUGAAGACAAGUGUUUGGGGAUUUUCUUUUUCUCCACGAUGUAGCACGUUCUCAGGAAAAUACAAUUGAUAUCUUCCUCCUAAGCUCUUCCAGUCACCAAGUACUUAUGUGGCGACUUUGUCCAGGGCACAAAAUGCCUGUAUCUAAUUAAAAGCCUACAAAACUGCUUGAUAACAGUUUUGAAUGUGAGACAUUUAUGUAAUUUAAAUGUAAGGUACAAGUUUUAAUUUCUGAAUGUCUUCUAUUAUAUUUUUUAUUAAAAAGAAAAUAAUUUUCAGAUUUAAUUGAAUUGGAAUAAAAUAAUACUUCCCACUAGAAUUAUAUAUCCUGGAAAAUUGUAUUUUUGUUAUAUAAACAACUUUUAAAGAAAGAUCAUUAUCCUUUUCUCUAAAUAUAUGGGGAGUCUUAGCAUAAUGACAAAUACUUAUAACUUUGAAAUUAAUGGUACUUGCUGGAUCCACACUAACAUCUUUACUAAUAUCUCAUUGUUUCUUCCAACUUACUCCUACACUACAUCCUACAUCUUCUUUCUAGUCUUUUAUCUAGAAUAUGCAACCUCAAAUAAAAAUGGUGGUGUCUCCAUUCAUUCUCCUUCUUCCUUUUUUCCCCAAGCCUGGUCUUCAAAAGGUUGGGUGAUUUGGCAGCUGAGUUCCCCAGGCAGAGAAUAGAGCAAUUUUAGGUGUAUUGGGAUUGAGGGAGGAUGUGUGAAGCCUAACCUCAAUUGUUUUUAUAGAAAGAACUGCUGUGGUGUUAAGAACCUCAUUCUUUAUCUUUAUAAAUGGAGAAUAUAACCUAGUCAUAACUUCCCUUGACCUUCACUAAAGCAAAGAAAGUGACUCUGGAUAUAUUAAUGGCAGAUACCUCCCUUAUCAUGAAUCUAGAAUCUCUUAUCAAGAUUUAGGAAUGUAAAUCAAAUUAAAUGUACCUAGCCCAACCAAGCUAUGUAGUGAAGGACCUAAAAGAAAUUAGACAGGACCUGUAAAAUAAAUCAGGGAAUUAGUAAUUACUUAAAGUUUUCAAAUUGUAAAUUGCCCCGCUAUUUGUCUUUCGGCCUACUAAAGCUUACUGCUAUUAGAUGAUUUUUUGCUGCAAUCCCUGUAUUCAGAGGAAGGCCUAUUGAAAAUCCCAUGGACUUGUAAAAGGUUGUCCCAGUAAAAUGGAAAAUAAUCCUCAGGUUAUUAAUGAGUUUGAAAAGCAGUGUGUUCUUAAGUCUUUCAUGAACAGAGCAGUAUCUUACAAAAUUCAGAAAUUGCAAGAAUUAAAAUGAUUGACGCUGAUGUGAAGAGCGUGUAGUGUGCGUAAUGCUGCCUCCCUCAUAAAAGCCUUGGUUAUUUUUCUUUUUACAUAUGUCCCGGUAGAUGCUUUUGAACAUGCUUGUGUUACCUUUCCCAAGGUUGGAGAGAGCUGGGCUUGAACAACAGGGUGUCCUGCCAGAGGCUCCAGUGCAGGACUCCCUCUCUCAGCACGGCAGAAGCCCGCACAGGAGCCCGCACAGGAGCUAGUUAUGCAGGGAGCUUAGCAUUGGCGUUUUCAAAACAAUAUUCAAGGUGAUACAUUUUUUUCCUUCCCUUUCUUUUUAGAAUGGAUCGCUGUCUGAUUUGAAAAAUCUCACUUCUCAAAUGAAACUGUGCCCAGAAGCCAGGCUCAGGGUAUUCUUGAGAGAUUUGUAUAAAGCCCUUAAAAAAUAAAAAUAAAAUUUUAGCAUUUCCUUUUUCUUCCUUUUCUCCAUUAAAUACUUUUUCUCUAGUUUACAAAUGACAUGGAAAAGGAAUUUCCCAGGUUUUACAUGCUUUUUUUUUUUUUUUGAUGCUUAGACUACAGAUAGACUUGUUGAGCUCCUAAGAAAAUACAAGGAAGAACUCCUUGUUUGUUGUGCAGAGCACUUUAUGAGUAGUUUGUAUCGAUAUUACGUGGCUGCUUUACUGACGAGCUUGUAAGGCUGUACUUAUCUGUCUUUCCUGUAAGGCGGCUGCAGUGCCUUCUGUAGUGUAUUUUAUUUUGGAUAAGGAGAGGUGACGCCCUCUGAAAAAUUUCAGAGCAACCAUAAAAGAUUGUUUUAAAAUAAAUAGUAUUACUGAUGGACUUUUUCAUCAUUAAACUAGUCUAGGGUCUAAACUUUCACCACUGAAAUACUAUUGACCAAAAAAUAAUUUAUAAAAGGGAUUUGUGAAUAGAAAAUUCAGUGUAACCAUUUGUACUUACGUGCACCUUAAACGAAAAUUCUGUCUAGCUGUCAAAUUCUGGUUCCUUCACAUCCAUUCCCUGGUUGUGCUUGAGAUCUGGUAGGACAUGCUGGAGCAAGCUACAAGAUAAAAUCCCAUAUACUUAGUAUACAUGUUAUAUUUAUGUCAGUGUUGGAGAAAAAAGAGCAUUAUGCAGUAAUGAAGAAAGAAUUCAGGACUUCAGCACCGUCAUUGUGAAAGUUUGUAAACAUUUCCUAAAUUCUCCUGUGGUGCAGUCACAGCUCCUUAUCACAGGAUGUAUCUUUUACUCACCAGGCAAUUCUGGAAGUGCUGCCCGCCCACCCCUCCUCAGCUCACCUGCCCCUCCUGUACAUUCACCUCUCCAGCCUUGUGCACACCUCAUUUAGCUUUAGUUUGAAACACAUUGCAGGGUUCAGGUGACCUCCUCAAAAACUACCUCCUCAGAAUGAGGUAAUGAAUAGUUAUUUAUUUUAAAAUAUGAAAAGUCAGGAGCUCUAGAACAUGAAGAUGAUUUAAGAUUUUAACUUUUAUGUGUACUUGUAUUUGAGCACUCUCAUUUUGUUCUAAAGGGCAUUAUACGUUUAAGCAGUAAUACUGAAAAAUAUAGCUCAGAGUAUCUGAAUUUUGUUGAAAGUGGUGCCAGAAUCUUAGGGGUACGUUUCAGAAUCUUAACCUUAUAUCGGUUGCAUGAAAUUAAAUAGUUAAUGGUAACACUUCGCUAACAGUGAUAUAAUGUUAAUUUUCAGUAGGCUUAGCAAGACAGUACAUCUUCAUAAUGAGUUAGCCACAGCUUCGUCACAUGCACAGAUGCUCCUGUAGAGAGACUGGCCAGUUAAGAGGGUAGAAUGAUGACCCAUUGUGCAAGGUUCUCUUCUUUGUCAAAAUUAGCAUUGUUUGUGCUAGAAUAUCAGCACUUUGAGACUAGUGAUUUCAACCAUUAGGCUAUUAAAAAGCAAAACAAACAAAACCAUAGCCAGACAUGGAAAGUUUACUGUGAGUAUAAACAGCAAAUAGCUUACAGGUCAUACAUUGAAAUGGUGUAGGUAAGGCUCUAGAAAAAUACCUUGACGAUUUGCCAAAUGAUCUUACUGUGCCUUCAUGAUGCAAUAAAACUAAAAUUUUAGCAGAAAUUAGUGAUUUGUGAAGAGAGCAGCCACCCAGGUCUAACACAGCUGUGUUAAUAUUUUUUAGCGUGCAAUUUAGACUGCAAAGAUAAAUGCACUAAAGAGUUUAUAGCCAAAAUCACAUUUAAAAAAUGAGAAAACACACAGGUAAAUUUUCAGUGAACAAAAUUAUUUUUUUAAAGCACAUAAUCCCUAGUAUAGUCAGAUAUAUUUAUCACAUAGAACAAAUAGGUUGAAAUCAUAAUUCAGUGACAUUUCUAGAGAAACUUUUUUCUACUCCCAUAGGUUCUUCAAAGCAUGGAACUUUUAUAUAAAAGGAAUGUUUGACAGACAUUUUAAGAAAUUGCUGUAGUUUAGGGUUGAAGUACUGUAUGCUGGGCAGCAGUCAUAUGUAUUAACUAGUGAGAAGGGUGAAAUGAACAUACAGGACGGAAUUUUGAUUUUCUCACUGAUUUACCACCGUUUGAAAUGUAAACUUGCCUCUCAGGAUUUGUUUGCAGAUGAAGUGGGACUGCCCUGCCAAUGUGGUUUAAGGUGCUCUCGGGGCCAGGUGGAGUCUCCAGGGGCUCCUCUGUGAGGGGACGUGUGUGGCUGACAGGGGUGAACUGGACACUCUCCAUGAUGUGCUUUUUGCAUCGAUUCCUCGCCACCCCCAAGAAAGGCUUCAGCAAGUUCUCUAGACGUUUCACUAAGGUGCGUUACUAAUGCCCAUAGGUUGUUGAGCACCUGAGGAGUGCAGUUGGGCGUCUCUGCCUGAUUGUAUAUUGGCCAGAGGAGAGUGAAGUGGCCAGUGUACUCAUGUUCCAUGUUGCUAGCUCUGGUAAAUUGAAAAUACUGGUAAGAUUUUUGUUUUAUCAGUACACUAGAGAGUAAGCUUUGUUUUGUUGCUUUUAGAUAACCAAUUUUCACGUCUGCUUGGGAAGACAUUUAAAUUGAGUUUCAGUCCUAAAUUUUGCCAGUUGUGGUAAUUAACGGUUUCUGUCAGGUGUUUUUAAGGUAGAAGAGGACAAACACAAGUCCUAAAAUCUUAAAUUAAGGUAAUAGUGAUUUAUUUUAAAAUGCUUAGGGGUGGUUAGUCUCUACCUCAAAAAAUUGAGUGUAUCUUUUAUUUCAGCAUCCACAACUUCAGCUGUUGUUUUGGUAAUACUCUUUUUUUUAACCUUUUGACCCCUUUUUACCCAACUGUUAAUUUUGUUUUAUUAAUUACUAAAUCAGUUUCAUAAAAAUGUUUAAUUUUAUUUAGCAGUUUUGACUGAUUACAGUGAUGUAACCAGUUGUGCAUGAGGACACAGCCAGUGAGUGUUUCUGGUUUUUUUGUGUGUGAUGCUUUUUUUUUCUCUUGAGAAUUCUGUAGAUUGAAGUACUCUUUGAAAACAAAGAACUAAAAUAUGUUUAUUCAUGUUAGUGUAAAAAAAAAAAAAAGAUUUGUGCAAACCUGCUUCUCCUGGCAGGCUGAGCACAUCCAGCACCCACGAGUGGCUGGUUCUCACCACAGGAUCUAUGUAGGGAAUUGGGCAUGAAAUUCACUGGAGAGAGAGAGCAGAGGAAGUGUUCUGUUUACAGGAGUGGAGAUAGGUGUUAUGAGUAAGUUGCUUAGUAAAUUGGUUUUGUUUUGAAAAUUGUUACAUUUGUGUGUUAAGCCUUUUUUAACCCACUUGUGUUUUGGUGGAAUAUGUUACAUAGGAGGAAAUUUCAGACUAGCAUAAGCAACAGAGCUCACAGAAUAGGCACAAAUGUAGACAAAAUGGACCAAAAUGGGAGGGGGGAGGGUAUGGGAGUAAGUCUAGGGGUAGGGAAGAAUUGAUGUGAGGGUGGGAAAUAAACUAUAAUUACCUGAAAUAAAAUGUAAGUGCAAUAAGUGUGCUUUUUAUUCUAAGCUGUGAAUGGGUUUUUAAAGAAAUCAUUCCUUCCUAAUACAUUUGCCUGUGUUCCGUAGCUGAUUAAAACCAGCUAUAUAAACAUAUAAUGCCUUUUUAUUCAUGUUAAUUACCAACAUAAAUGGCUAACCUUUAUGUCUUAUUUAUCUUCAUGUUAUGUUAGUUUACAUACGGGGGGACAUGUAUGCUGUAAAUUUUCCCUCCUUCAUUUGAAAGUGCAUCUGUUGGGUCCUCUGUGUCUCCUCUGGCCACGCCACAGGUUACAGUCUCGGCUUGACCUUCAUAGCGCCUGAUUUGAAGGGCUCUAUCACAGUGACAUAGCUCUUUCGUUGGUUUUACACUCUGACCCUUUCCUCACUUGGCAAUUGCUGUUUCUUCUAAAAUAGGAGCAUACAACUAAGAGGAGAUUGAAAUUAACUUUCAUAUGUUUGACAUAUGUCCCUUUUUAUUCUAUUUAGUGGUUAUUGCUCUUUGGUUUGGACCAAGAAAAAGGAAAUUAUCGCGCGCCCCCCCCCCAACUUAUUUCUCCGUUUGGGGGAAAUUCUUCUGUAAGAGAGAGGAAAGGGAAAUCCUUCAUGUUUUAACUGCAGUGAGUUAAUGGCCCCUCCCUGGUUUACUCCAAACCUCAUGGCAAUUCACAUUCACAUUCCUCUCCUCUUGCUGCCAAAGGUUUGGGUUUAGUUCACUUCAGUUCCGCUCAAGCAUUGAAAAUGUUCUCAUGGAGUCUGGGGUAUGCCCAGUGAAAAGAUGGGGACUUUUUAAUUGCCUGCAGACCUCUCUAUACCUACUUUGCAAAAAUUACAAAGGAGUAACUAUUUUUAAAGCUUAUUUUUCAAUUCAUAAAAAAAGACAUUUAUUUUCAGUCAAAUGGAUGAUGUCUCCCUCUUGUCCCUUAAUCCUAAUGUUUGCUUGAA